GGCGCGGUGACGCACGCCCCUUUGUUGGCUCAGUAGCGGUAGCAGCGGCCGCGGAGGUGGCGCUGGGGACUGUUUUCCGUCCGAGCCCGGAGCGGAGCGGCGUCUGAUUGAGGCCGGCAGUAAGCGGCCCCCGCGCUCCCUCCCGCUCUGCUCCGCGCCCUCCCGGCCGCCGCCGCCGCCCGCCUCCAACCGCCGCACCCGGGGAGCAGCCGCGGCCCACGGGGCCGGAACCAGGCCUGCGUCCGGACAGCAGCCGGAGCCGGAGCGAGAGCCGGGGCCUCGGCGUCCCCGCCCUCUCCGCGCCGCGGCCAGCGUCUGCCAGGCCCGCGCGCGUCGCGCCAUGGACUCGGACGAGGGCUACAACUACGAGUUCGACGAGGACGAGGAGUGCAGCGAGGAGGACAGCGGCGCCGAGGAGGAGGAGGACGACGACGAGGAUGAGCCGGACGAUGAUAACCUGGAUCUCGGCGAGGUGGAGCUGGUGGAGCCCGGGCUGGGCGUCGGCGGGGAGCGGGACGGACUGCUGUGCGGGGAGACUGGCGGCGGCGGCGGCAGCGCUCUGGGUCCCGGAGGCGGUGGCGGCGGUGGCGGUGGCGGCGGCGGCCCGGGGCACGAGCAGGAGGAAGAUUACCGCUACGAGGUGCUCACGGCCGAACAGAUCCUGCAGCACAUGGUGGAAUGUAUCCGGGAGGUCAACGAGGUCAUCCAGAAUCCAGCAACUAUCACGAGAAUACUCCUUAGCCACUUCAAUUGGGAUAAAGAGAAGCUAAUGGAAAGGUACUUUGAUGGAAACCUGGAGAAGCUCUUUGCUGAGUGUCAUGUAAUUAAUCCAAGUAAAAAGUCUCGAACUCGCCAGAUGAAUACAAGGUCAUCAGCACAGGAUAUGCCUUGUCAGAUCUGCUACUUGAAUUACCCUAACUCGUAUUUUACUGGCCUUGAAUGUGGACAUAAGUUUUGUAUGCAGUGCUGGAGUGAAUAUUUAACUACCAAAAUAAUGGAAGAAGGCAUGGGGCAGACUAUCUCGUGUCCUGCGCAUGGCUGUGAUAUCUUAGUGGAUGACAACACAGUUAUGCGCCUGAUCACAGAUUCAAAAGUUAAAUUAAAAUAUCAGCAUUUAAUAACAAAUAGCUUUGUAGAGUGCAACCGACUGUUAAAAUGGUGUCCUGCCCCAGAUUGCCACCAUGUUGUUAAAGUCCAGUAUCCUGAUGCAAAACCAGUUCGCUGCAAGUGUGGCCGCCAGUUUUGCUUUAACUGUGGCGAAAAUUGGCAUGAUCCAGUUAAAUGUAAGUGGUUGAAGAAGUGGAUUAAAAAGUGUGAUGAUGACAGUGAAACUUCUAAUUGGAUUGCAGCUAACACAAAGGAAUGUCCCAAAUGCCAUGUCACAAUUGAGAAGGAUGGUGGUUGUAAUCACAUGGUCUGUCGUAACCAGAACUGUAAAGCAGAGUUUUGCUGGGUGUGUCUUGGCCCUUGGGAACCACAUGGAUCUGCCUGGUACAACUGUAACCGCUAUAAUGAGGAUGAUGCAAAGGCAGCAAGAGAUGCUCAAGAGCGAUCUAGGGCGGCCCUGCAGAGGUACCUGUUCUACUGUAAUCGCUAUAUGAACCACAUGCAGAGUCUACGCUUUGAGCAUAAGCUGUAUGCUCAGGUGAAACAGAAGAUGGAGGAAAUGCAGCAGCACAACAUGUCCUGGAUUGAGGUGCAGUUCCUGAAGAAAGCAGUUGAUGUCCUCUGCCAGUGUCGUGCCACACUCAUGUACACUUAUGUCUUCGCUUUCUACCUCAAAAAGAAUAACCAGUCCAUUAUCUUUGAGAAUAAUCAAGCAGAUCUAGAAAAUGCCACAGAGGUGCUUUCGGGCUACCUUGAACGAGAUAUUUCCCAAGAUUCUCUGCAAGAUAUAAAGCAGAAAGUCCAAGAUAAGUACAGAUACUGUGAGAGUCGACGAAGGGUUUUGUUACAGCAUGUGCAUGAAGGCUAUGAAAAAGAUCUGUGGGAGUACAUUGAGGACUGAGCCUGGCCCUGCAUAAAAUGAACUCUGAAAACUUUACCAUCUAGAGUGCUCAUGCAAUUAAAACAAACACAAACAAGGAGGCACUAAGCCUGUUCUGACACCGCUGGUCUCUAGUACCAGAAUUCUGUUUUGUUAACGGAAAGUUUAAGUAAAUUAUAUUGUAAUAAAAAAGGUAGAUAAACCAUUGUACAACAGUAUUCUAGGCCGCCAACAGUGUGACAGACACACAAAAGCCCUCCAACUCUAACUUGUAACGUAGCUUCAUUCUCAAAGCUGACUUCCUUUUCUUCUUCCUGAGUGUAGUACAGUUAAACAUUCAGACAGCUCCUCGACACUGCUUUUCAUGUCCAAACCAGCCAUUUUGUUGUACUUUGGUAAAGGACCUCUUCCCCUUCCUGCCCUGCACAUACACACCUCCACACACAGUUGGUUUCACUUUCUCUCAUACCCUAAGGUCAUGAGUGAAUAAUGAUUAUUAGCUACUUGUAAAGGAAAUUCUUGGGAGGGAGAAGGGGGUAGGCAGCAAGAGGAUUAAACAAAAAACACAAAAACUUUGUAUAUGACUUUUAAAACAAGAGGACAACACAGUAUUUUUCAAAAUUGUAUAUAGCGCAUAUGCAUGGAUAAAGCAAGCGUGGCACGUGUUUGCAUAAUGUUUAAUUACAAAAAUAUUUAUUCUUUAAAAAGCUUCAAGAUUAUGUCUAUUUGCUGUGCAUUUUCUUUCAGUUGGCUUUAUCUUUCCAGGGUUGGGUUGGGAUAAAGGUGUUUGUUAAGCCCCUCUGCAAGACCUAACUAGAGUGCUUUCCCCUUCCUGAGGUCAGUUUGCCCGCUGUGGUUUGGUUGUAUCUUUUGCUGGCCAUGGGCCUCAUGCCUAGAAUUCUCAGCUUCUGGAUCUAGAUCCAGGAAUUCAAGUUCUAAGCAAAUGGCUUGGUCUGUUAAAGGGUUUAGUUGCUUCAAUUCAUGAAUGAUCCUAUCCCAACCUACUCCUCAGUGGCCUUGAUGUCCCCAUUUUAGCCUGUGUGCCCAUGCCAUGCACACAGCGUAGGCUUUCUAGGAUCCCCAUCAAGUCUGGAGGAGGCAUUUCAAAAUCUCCUGUUUUAUUUUUCCUGAAUUGCUGCUUUGAGCCUUUUAAGUUUUUAGUUCUGGCUCGUCUUUCAUCCCUUCUUAUGUUAGGGUGUUGAAUACAAUGUUUUCACUUUAAAUAUAAAUAAAUAGCCAUUCACUUAGUCUGAGAUUGUGGAUUAAAAUGGUGGAUACUGAAAUUACUCGUGUGUGUUGCGGUGGGUUCAGUUUGAAGGCAAACACCACUAGAACAUGAUACUCCCAUCCAGUGCAUUUGAGUAGGAAUCACUGAGUUUGCUUCUUUUCUAUUGUCAGCAUAUAGGAGAAUAAUGCAUUUUAGCUGUGAUGUCCAUUUUUAUGAAAUUUCUACUAAAAGCUAUGUUAAAAGUAAAGGGUGGUGGUGGUUUUAUUAACUAUAUACUUGUUUAGGCCAUUCUGCCUGUGGUAUUUUUCAACAGGUCAGCAUCCCUAAGACUGUCAGUUUUAUAUAAGAGUGCAGAGUGAACUAGGCAACUAGAUCAAGAGGUAAAACUGUUAAAUGCCAGCUUUGGCUGAGGACCUCUUUGUCUUCCUUUAACUGUCUUGUGCCUAGGGAGUGUUUACCAUUUGUGAGGCAGCUGUGUCUGUUCUUGCAUUGUACAUCUUCUUACUCCAUUGGGAAGUAGGCUCACUUUCCUCUGGCCUUUUGCCUAAGUUAGGCUUUGCUGAAUCACCCUACUUUUCCUUUUAGAAAGGUUGUUACAUGAGAUGCACUUGCAACUGUUCUUUUCCCAUCAAAAAUCAGUGAAUGUUUGCUGAGUAUAUUAUGCUGCUUCCUUAAACCACUUGUCGCUUUAGGAUCAACUUGUAUCUUUUUUCUUCCCUUUCCUUGUCACCUCAGGUGGCAAAUCUGAAGUCAAGUGUCUGUUUUCCAUCCUCUCUUUGUCCUAUCAUUCUCCAUUAUCCAUUUGACUUUAUUUCAAAUAAUUGCACCGAUCUUAAGACAUUUAUCAAAACCAACGAGAUUUCAAAGAAAGCUCAAGUAUGUUCCUUUUCCUGGUGACUUUGAAAAGCAACCAGAAUUGUCACAUAGACUUGUGGUCCCUUAAAAUGCUUCGUGUGUGUGGUGUUUAAAAAGAGUUAACUUCACAUUAUCUAGGUCUGAGUGUCAUAAGUUCUCUUCAUGCCCUGCCCUGCAACAAGCGUCUAAAAAGAGUGUGCAUCUCAUAGUCUCCCACCAUGGAGGGAUAGUGUAGUUGGUGACACUUUCUAGUCCCAGUGCUCACAUGGGACCUGAGGAUAUUGCACUCACAAUUUGUGUGGAUCAAGGUGAACUGGCCCUUCUGCUACAUCCAAGUUUUUAACAACCGUCUCCAUAUCUGACAGCAUUUCCAGAAUUUACCUGCUUCUGUCAGUAGCUAGCUUCAGUGCUCCCAUCUGGGACAGGCAAGCCAUAUUGUUAACAGCUUCCCUAUUUGACCUACCUAAGUCUCUCAGAGGGCUCUACUUACACAUCAGGGUCUCCCUGUGGUGUUGAGAUCAGUUACAUUGUCAGUGCAUGCUUCAUUUGAGCAAUUCAUUGAGCAACAGGUGAAUUUUCAAUGAUUUACAAUAAAAUUUUGAUCCAAAGCUCAGGAGACAUACCAUAGUGGUAAAUGGAGUAGCAUAUAACAUUACCAGACUCUUAAAUUCUUUGUAAUUUGCUGCAACCCAGAUUGUAUAUGUUUUAUGUGUGUUCAAAUAAAUAUAUUAAAGACACACGUGUAUCCAUACACACAAAUAGAUCCAAGACUGACUUGAUUUGAAAUCGUUGAAUCUGCAGUGUAAUGUGUGGUUCACCUGUAAGUAGGACUUGAAAUUUAGAACAAGAAGAGUAAAGGCUUAAAUGUAACAAAUUCUUUUAGCUACAUCCGGUAUAGAGCACUUGGGGGAUGGGAUGGGGUGGGUUGGUGAGACAAUCAGAUCGAUAAAUUGAUUAAAUGCUCCUAACCCUGUAAUUUUGUGCAUAGAGCACCUUGUGCUGUGGAAAUAACUGUUCUUAGAUUUUCAUUGUAACUGGACUGUUCAGGUUGCCCAGAGGGAAAGAACAUUCCUAAUUCUAAUAAAAUAAACUUUUAUUUUGUUAUUCCAUUAGUUACUUAUGUUUAUUUUUAUAGUUGAAAACAGAUACCUUAGGUGGGUAGCAGCCACCUGUACAAUGUGCCUUAUUCACUGUUCCUAUUUAAUAUAAACUGUCGAGAUUUGGUUCAGGUUCAAUGGAGGGAACUGUGAAUGAGACUACCCCAACAUUUAAUUUGGCUAAUUGAGACUUUCAGAAGUGUUUCUGAAAGCUUUCUGUAUGUUGAACAUUGACUUUAGAUUGUUGUUUGCGUUGUAGUAGUGAUAUACAUUUAGAUGCUCUGUAUAGCUUGGAAUGUCAGUUUUUUAAAGAUGAGAUAUUUAAAACAUUCUCAGCUUCAAAAGGAAUCGGCUUUCACAUAAAGCUGAUAGUCCCUGUGUAUGGAUAUUGACACGGUACUCUAAUCAGACCAGACUUGAGUUUUAUCACAGCUAUACUCUAGUUUGUCACUUUCUAAAACAAGUGGAAUAAAGAUUGCUGUCUCGCUGAAGAGGGAAAUAGAAGAUUUAAUAACUUGCCUAAAGUUUCACAAUUUUCCUCUGUUUGGGACCAGAGACAUCCAACUACCUCUGUACAGUUUUCUUAUUCUGGUCUCAGAAUGAUGUAGCAUCCAGAACCGGAAGAAGUGGCUUUCCCAUACUUUGACAACAGUAAUGCCUAGCAGUGCUCCUUUGAGCGGGUUACUGCUUCGUCCACCAUUGUCCUGCUUCUCCGAGAAACCAGCCUUGAGUAGAAAAGAGCCCCUCCCUACCUACAGAUUGGGUAGCCAGUCCCUAUGUUCACAUUUGAGGUCAUAGUCACCAGUGGCAGCCAGACCAGAAGGUGCAGUUGAAAAUAAAUAGCUUAGUGUAAUUCGAUAGGCUAUUUGCAGUUGUUGACCUUGUCUGCUUCCUGUAUAGAGAAGUUGGACACACUGCUGGGACUUGUUACAGGAUACCUUUUAUAGAUGAUAGCUGAAAAUGCACAGAGCAGCUGCUAAUCUUUUGAGUUCUUCUGAAGACAAGUUCUCAAUGUAGCCCAGGUUGUUCUAGGAUUUGUGUAGCCAAGGAUGGCCUUGAACUUCUGAUCUUCCUGCUUCUACCUCUUAAGUGCUAGGAUGACAGGCAUGUGCCACUAAGCCCAGCUCAGCAUGUAACCAUUUGAUCUCAGCCUUUAUCCCUGCAACUGGAGAGUCUGGUAGGAGUUUUCUUUUUCCUUUUUCCUUUUUUCUUUUUUUGGGUUUUGUUUUUAAAACAAGAGUAUCAGCACUGUAGCCCAGCCUGACCUCCAAUUUAGAGCUUUCCUCCUGCCUCUCUUCCUAUUUACCGGGAUAAAAGGUGUGCACCUAUCAACGUGGAGGUAUUUUGCUUGCUUGUUUUUAAGUUAAACAAUGGGAAAUUGUGGCUCCUUCAUAAAUGAAAACUGUGCACUCUUUUAACUUUUUUUUUCCAUAUAUCUUUGAGGAAGUUGGUACUUAUUUUUAGAAAUGUGCAUCUGUUAGUUUUUCAAGUUGAAUUAACCAACCUAGAAGCUCUCAAUUGGAAGUCAAUGUGACUAAGAAUAAAGACGACUUUAGGAUUUU